AGGCUGUAUAUUUUCCCUCUCGUGCUCUCGCCAAGCGAAGGAAUCUUUUCUUCUCUCUCAUAGUCGAUCACAAACUAUUCUUCUUUAAAACAAUAUGGCUGACAACUACCAUAAACCCGACCAGAGCACAGUCCAAUCUCUUAAGGAUAUUGCAAACAAACUUCGUAUUUUGAGCAUCAAGGCGACAAAUGCUUCAAAUUCUGGCCAUCCUACAUCAUGCGCCUCCAUCGCUGAGUUGAUGUCUGUGCUAUUUUUUCACACUAUGCGUUACAAAGUGUCUAACCCUGCUGACCCAUCCAGUGAUAGAUUUGUCCUCUCCAAGGGCCAUGCCGCACCAAUACUUUACGCUGCAUGGAUGGAAGCUGGUCUAUUUGAUGAAGCCAAGCUCAUGACCCUAAGAAAAUUUAAAUCUGAGCUUGAGGGCCAUCCUGUGCCGCGACAAAGCUUUACUGAUGUAGCAACCGGUUCCCUGGGCCAGGGUCUAAGUUGUGCUUGUGGUAUGGCCUACACAGCAAAACAUUUUGACAAGGCAAGCUACCGUGUUUUCACCCUUCUGGGUGAUGGUGAGGCUGCAGAGGGAGCCGUAUGGGAAGCCAUGCAUUUUGCCGGAUACUACAAGUUAGACAAUCUUGUAGCUAUCUUUGAUGUCAACCGACUAGGGCAGAGUCAGCCGACUUCUUUAGAGCACGACAUGGAGACCUAUAGAAAGAGGGCUGAAGCUUUUGGAUGGAAUGCUGUUGUGGUUGAUGGCCAUGAUGUGGAGCAGAUCUGUCGUGCCAUGUAUGAAGCUGAGAACACCAAAGGACGGCCUACCUGCAUAAUCGCCAAGACGUUUAAAGGCCGUGGCAUAAUCGGUGUUGAAGACCAGUUGAACUUCCAUGGCAAAGCAUUGGGAGAUAAGGGUUUAGCCGCCAUUGCUGAAAUCGAGAAACUGAUAUCUAACAACAAGCACAGUCUUGGACCGGCCACAGUUAUUGAUGAUGCUCCAGCCAUUGACAACACGGAGGUCAAGCUUUCAGAGCCACCAAACUAUAAACUAGGGGAUAAGCUUGCCACCCGCCAGGCUUAUGGUAAUGGCCUGUUGAAGAUUGGGAAUGCCAACAGUCGUGUGAUUGCCUUGGACGGGGACAUGAAGAACUCUACAUUUUCCCAAGAGUUCAUGAAAGCCCACCCUGACCGUUUCAUAGAGUGCUUUAUUGCAGAGCAGAACAUGGUGGGCGUGGCCGUUGGGUGUGCCACAAGGGGUAGAACUAUCCCCUUUGUCAGUACCUUUGCUGCAUUCUUCUCUCGCGCCUACGAUCAGAUCCGUAUGGCAGCUGUGUCGGACUCCACCAUCAAUAUCAUGGGUUCCCAUGUUGGAUGCUCUAUUGGUGAGGACGGUGCAUCCCAGAUGGGCCUAGAGGACUUGGCCAUGUUCCGUGCCCUGCCCAACUGCACCGUGUUCUACCCAAGCGAUGCUGUCUCAUGUGAGAGGGCGGUGGAGCUGGCUGCCAACACCACCGGUAUGACAUUCAUUAGGGCAAGCAGGCCAGCCACGCCCGUCAUCUAUGGUAAUGAGGAGACCUUCACUAUUGGCAAGGCCAAGAUCGUGCGCCAAAGUGCUGAUGACAAAGUCCUUGUGAUUGGCGCGGGCGUCACCCUGGCCGAGGCACUCAAGGCCGCUGAUGAGCUCGCCUCUAGUGGUGUAAGUGUGAGGGUCAUGGACCCGUUCACCAUCAAACCCUUGGACAAGGACGCCAUCGUGGAGCACGCCAAGGCGUGUGGGGGCAAAGUGGUGGUGGUGGAGGACCACUAUUAUGAAGGCGGUAUCGGCGAGGCUGUGUGCCACGCUGUCGUGAACGAUAACAUCAAGGUGGCGCACCUAGCUGUGCCCCGCAUUCCUGAGAGUGGCCCGCCCAACGAUCUGCUGCAAGCCUUUGGCAUCUCAGCUAGCUGCAUCGUCAAGGCCGUUAAUGGAAUCAUUGCCUAAGUAGCACCCACAGGCGAAUGGCGUUGUAGAGUAGAUUUCCCUUCUUACGUAGAUGCUCAUCAUUGUUACUUAGAGGAAAAAUACCCAUAGAUAGUGAGAUGCUGUAUAGGUACUUGGUGAUUGUGAAUGGGUUGAUAAAACUCUCAAUAAGUUUUGUAUGCAUUGAUAAGCAUUUCUGUUAUACUAGUUUAAGAUGUGUGUUAAUCUUGCUAGACAGAUUCACAAAUUUACACUUCGUCUCAGAUCCUCAAACUGUUGCUGUGGUAAGUCUAGGUUGGGCGCCUUCUCACUGUUAGUUCUUGAGUAGGUAUCAAGGUGCUAACAGGCAACCACAUUUAACACCAGUUACUCGACACAUCCCACGUCGGUGAGACGCUUAUCUUUAUAAUACUGUUGUUACCUCAUUUCAUUUAUGCCAGUGAAUAAAGAAAUAAAAAAAAAAACAGAGCA